AUGGCGGAGUUGAAGAUGACGCAGUAUUUAUUAGAAGAGGAGCAAUUAAUCCUGAAAACGAUGAAAAAAUUGCAGGAACAGCUCAACAAGCUCAAGGUCGAGGAGUUGAACCUAAUGAGCGCGAUUCGUAAUAAGCAGUCUGAAGAAAGAUCCGCUGCUCCACUUCCGCAGGUCGAAAAACUGCCGGAUUGCAAGACUCAAGCAGAAGAGAACGAGGAGCCCACAAAUUCCGAGGAAAUUGACCUGCGAGUCGACAACAUCCUAAGCGCACCGAUGGAUAUUUCAAGCCAACCUCGAGAUACCAGUGGAGAGGAAGAUGAAGAAGAUGAAACGUAGAGCGCGUAUUGCCGCCCACUUCGUGUAAAAGCAGGAAUAAACUUUUAUUGUGG